AUGUGGACAGUACAAAAUCGAGAGAGUUUGGGGCUUCUUUCUUUUCCUGUGAUGGUUGCCAUGGUUUGUUGUGCACACAGCUCCAAUGAACCCAGCAACAUGUCAUACGUGAAAGAGACAGUGGAUCGCCUGCUCAAAGGAUAUGACAUUCGCUUGCGCCCGGACUUUGGAGGGCCCCCGGUGGACGUCGGGAUGCGGAUCGAUGUCGCCAGCAUAGACAUGGUCUCGGAAGUGAAUAUGGAUUAUACACUUACCAUGUAUUUCCAGCAGUCUUGGAAGGACAAGAGGCUUUCAUAUUCUGGAAUCCCAUUAAACCUGACCCUUGACAACAGGGUAGCUGACCAACUCUGGGUACCAGACACCUACUUUCUCAAUGAUAAGAAAUCAUUUGUGCAUGGGGUCACAGUGAAAAACCGAAUGAUAAGGCUGCAUCCUGAUGGAACUGUCCUCUAUGGGCUACGGAUUACAACCACUGCAGCGUGCAUGAUGGAUCUUCGAAGGUACCCUCUGGAUGAGCAAAACUGCACCCUGGAGAUUGAAAGUUAUGGCUAUACUACUGAUGACAUCGAGUUUUACUGGAAUGGAGGAGAGGGAGCAGUAACCGGGGUCAAUAAAAUCGAGCUUCCUCAGUUUUCAAUUGUUGACUACAAGAUGGUGUCCAAGAAGGUGGAGUUCACAACAGGGGCAUAUCCACGUCUAUCACUAAGUUUCCGCCUAAAGAGAAACAUCGGUUACUUCAUUUUGCAAACCUACAUGCCUUCCACACUGAUUACAAUUCUGUCCUGGGUGUCAUUUUGGAUCAACUAUGAUGCAUCUGCAGCCAGAGUCGCGCUAGGAAUUACUACGGUGCUGACAAUGACAACUAUCAGCACUCACCUCAGGGAGACUCUGCCAAAGAUUCCUUACGUCAAGGCGAUUGAUAUCUACCUGAUGGGCUGCUUUGUGUUUGUGUUCCUGGCUCUGCUGGAAUACGCUUUUGUAAAUUACAUUUUCUUUGGAAAAGGCCCUCAGAAGAAGGGAGCAAGCAAACAAGACCAGAGUGCCAAUGAAAAGAAUAAACUGGAGAUGAACAAAGUCCAGGUCGACGCCCACGGCAAUAUUCUCCUCAGCACUCUGGAAAUCAGGAACGAGACCAGUGGCUCCGAGGUGCUCACGGGUGUGAGUGACCCCAAGGCCACCAUGUACUCGUACGACAGCGCCAGCAUCCAAUACCGCAAGCCGCUGAGCAGCCGCGAGGGCUUCGGGCGCGGGCUGGACAGGCACGGGGUGCCAGGCAAGGGGCGCAUCCGCAGGCGAGCCUCGCAGCUCAAAGUGAAGAUCCCUGACUUAACUGAUGUGAACUCCAUAGACAAGUGGUCCCGAAUGUUUUUCCCCAUCACGUUUUCUCUUUUUAAUGUCGUUUAUUGGCUUUACUAUGUACACUAA